AUGUAUCAUCUGAGAGUGCCUGUGCUCCUCCUCAUGCUGCUUGUCUUCCUGCACUGUGUCAGCACUGCCCCAAGCCACAGGUACUUCAGUCCCAGCUCAUCCAGCGAGCAGGAAAGUGCUCUCCCCGACAGAGAAGGCUGGUUAGUUCCCGGGCUCAUCUCCAACCCAUUCCUCGGCCUCAUGGGUACACGGCCGGAGAGGGGGCUCACAGCUAUGAAUAGCCACCACUUAGAGAAGAGGAAGUGCAACACAGCCACCUGUGUCACCCAGAGGCUAGCAGACUUUCUGGUGCGCUCCAGUAACACUGUGGGUACCGUCUACGCACCGACCGAUGUGGGAUCUGCCACCUACGGCAAGAGGGACCUACUGCUGCCUCCCAACUACCUGCCUCUCUAGUACCGACUGAGGAACUGUCAGUGCUCCGAUGAUAUAACCAGACAUCUUAUGUAACAAUGAUUGUGAGAAUGACGUUAAUAACAAUGACGCUGAUCGUGUAACUGAUGAUGGUUAUG